AUGUUCAAGAUGUGUUACCAUGUGUUCCUAGUGUGUACAACUUUGUUUGCUUGUGUUAUUAUGGCUGAUGCACAGCGCAAUCCUUGUUUGGGUAUACCCGAUGGAAUGUUCGUUAAUGAUUUUGCCAGCUGCGAGAGCUAUUUCUUGUGCCUCAGUGGUGUCCCAACGCAAGCUCAUUGUCCUCCUGGGUUUUACUUCAACGAGGCACAGCAACUGUGUGAUUUUCCGCAAAAUGUAUUCUGUCACGUGUGCAACCAGCAGACCGGUGUGCAGCUAUUUCCGCAUCCGACCAAUUGCAACCAGUUUGUCACAUGCUCGAACGGGAUUUCCUUCGUUGGCAAUUGCAAGGUCGGCGAAACAUACGAUGUAGCGUUACAAGCAUGCAAGAGUGAAAUUAGAGUUGAUUGUGAUCGCUUGCGCUGCCCAGAGAUAGAUAAUCCGAAUGUGAUCGUAUUCAUUCCGGGAUUCCAAUCUUGUGAUGAGUACUUCUUGUGUCAAGCUGGAACACCAAUUCAACGAUUCUGCGCCCCUGGAUUACAUUGGAAUCGAGAAGUUCAACGGUGUGACUUUCCCGAAUUGGCUCAGUGUCCGUGA